ACAAGAGCGGAGCCUUGUGUUUGAAGACAUAUUGAAGCUUCGAUUCUUUUUUUUCUAGUCAGUUCCCGUGGAUAACAAAGCAUUCUCGGACAGCUAACAUACAUCAGCCUUGUGUUUGCCAGUGAAAUAUUAAGCGACCAGCCUGCCUUACGCCGCUAAACGUGCAUCCAAGUCCUUAAGCUGUCAAGCAAAACCUUACAAAUUAACAAAAUGUUGGAUAAGCUGAAGAGCAAGCUCGUGAAGGACGAAGAAAGACCGGACGAUGAUGCCACGACAGUUCGCGUGGAAAAAGAAUGCCCCGAUGGCGGGUACGGUUGGAUAAUUUGCGUGGCCGCUUCAGUCAUUCAGUUCAUCAUCUUGGGCAUCCAUAACAACUGUUCAAUCUUGUACACCUACUUAAUGAAAGAUCUGAACACUGGACCGUCAGAAACAGCAUGGGUUGGUUCCAUAGCAUUUGGCGUGAUGUUCCUCUGCGGUCCAUUUACCGGCGGUUUAUGUGAAAAAUACGGUUUUCGCGUGGUGACAGCAGCCGGUGGUCUCAUUUCAGUGGUCGGUCUCUUGCUGACGUCAUUCACCGACAAUCUCUACGUCAUAUACGUAACAUACAGUAUCGUUUGGGGGUUUGGAUCUAGUCUUAACUUUGCUCCAGCCACGAUGGUAUUAGGUCAGUAUUUCAGAAAGCGCCUUACUUUAGCUAACAGUAUAGUUGUCGCUGGGGGUGGCAUCGGUACGUUAGCACUGGGCCCCUUUUAUCAAUUCAUCCUGUCCAAUCUUGGCUGGAGAGUCAUGCUUCGAAUCCUCAGUGGUCUUGCAUUUGUCGUGCUUCUUAGCGCACUCUUGUACCGUCCCCUUCCUGACAAGUAUAAAAAACACGCUAAAAAGGAACCAAAGAACGAAUCGAAAUUCUUCGCCGACUUGUCCGUGUGGAAGAUGAAACCAUUUGUGGUCUGGGUUGUUGCUACGUCGCUGAUGUUUAUUGGAUAUUUUGUACCUUUUACUCACCUGUAUAACAACGCAAUAAAUCUUGGCGUGCCUGGAUACCAGUCCUCUCUCCUACUCGGCUAUCUAUCUAUUGCUUCCACUGUAUCUCGGGUUGUGUUUGGUCUUGUCCUUGAUCAUCCAAGGAUUAAUCGCUUCUACUUUUUACAGACCUCUUUCUUAAUGAUGGCAGUGACCUGCACGUUAUGUCCAGUCGCACAGAACUACACUGGUCUUGUUCUGUAUGCCGUUUUCUUUGGAUUGUUCGACGGCUGUUUUGUGUUGCUGCUUGCUAUCACUACAAGUGAUAUUGUUGGACCUGAAAAGCUUCCGGCAGCUUUAGGAGGCUUAUAUGGAGUGCUGGCUUUCCCGAUGACGUUUGGGCCACCGUUGACAGGUUUUAUUUUCCAACUGUCGGGUUCAUAUGAGAACGCAUUCUUUGUGGCAGGCGGAGCCAUUGCCAUGGGAACGUGUACUCUGUCACUGAUUCCAUUCUUCAUGACGAACAGUAAAGUGGAAACUAAAGAAAUCCGUGAAGUUCUCUGCCAGAAAGAUGACAAUGAACAAGAGUUCGAGGACACCCCAUAUUGGGCCGAGGGAGGACAGAGAAACUCUCUUUACGACACAAGUAACUUUGCUCUGAGGCGUUCGAUAUCCUGUCUGGCUCUUAGCAGACUUGGAGACGUGUGUAGUACACAAUGUAUACUAGAAAUGAUCGAACAGGAGACCAUUGUUUGAUUACAAAUAACUACUAAUUCGCUUGAUCCUAGUGUGACGCUUGGUCAGCGGUCUUGGAAUGACCUUGAAGCGUGCGCAGCAAAAGUAAACGCUUGUAUUUUCAUGACAAGCACCUCAUAAAAUGUUUCCACACAGAAACGUUCUCCUCUCAUUUCGUAGCCUCGAAUUACACACGAAUAUUCAUAAAUGUAUUUUGCAAAGCUUACUGAUCGACUGCGUGAAAGAACAGCAAGUUUCCGUUAUUAAGUUUUCUUUCACAAGUUUCAGCACUAAAAAAACUUCUCUGACUAUUUUAAUUCUGAAGCUGCAAUACUCUAUACACAGCGGAAUAUCCAGAAAACAUCGAUAACAUUUUAUACUCAGUUCACAGCACACCAAGAUGUUAAACAUGUUUAAAAGUGGUUUAGCUAAACAAGGUUAAAAAUUAGUUGCUCAUACCGAGCACGUGACUCCACAACUUAAAUAGGUAAAAACCUGUUUGAUUAAAAUAUGGUAGCGAGGUGGCUUGAAAUUUGUCUUCUCAAAAUGACUACAAAACGUGAUCGACAAAUUGGAACAACCUAAACCUUAUUUUGUUAAAUUAGUUUAGUUGGUGUUGCGGAAUGGGGUAUUACUUCGAUUUCAAAAACUGGCUCAACCAGGUUUUUGAUCGGAGGAUGGUUGCCGCUGAAGAAAAAACUUGCCAUAUACUACAGGUCAAACAUACUAGCAAAUAACACUUGUUACGUGGAAACUCUUCGAAGGAAACUUAUUCGUGUGUAAUCGACAUUUUACUUGCGCUCAGCUCCUCAGAUUUCCUAUUGGUUCGUAAAGAACUUUACAGCAGAGAUUAAAUAUUUUUAUUCCUUAUAUCAGCGUCAGAUAUCGUCAACAAUAGUUUUUUGUAGAACAGUUUUUUAGUUUUUUAGAUUUUUUUAGGCUUUAGCUUUCAACGAUAUUUUGUAAAGCGCAUUUGGCUCAUUUUUAAUGAAAUUUGCUAGGUUUGAAUUUGCGAAGUAUGCUUAUAAUUUAAUACGCGUAAGCCUAUCAAAAGUUUAGCAGGACGCAAGUUGCAAACCUAGCUCUUAGUCGUUUUGAAAUAUAUUGAUAUUACAGCAAUUAUCAAACUGACAUAGAUUGUGCUAGAAGCCACGCCUUAGAUAAUCAACUUUAUUGUAAAUAGCAUUAAUUGUUAUCCUUCUAAGAAUUAAUUUCAUUGACACGUAAAGCAGGAAAGGUUUAAUCGUAACAACCAAGGAUUAUGACUAAAAAGAAACUCUUUACUCUUAAUAUAGAGAUGUGAGAAGUUUAUUUUUUCAUUAUAUUAUUUAGAUUGUUCGAGCUCGCUGGACACUAAAAUAGCUAAAAUGAAUACAUUAGUACGAAUAUAAACAGUCUAGCAUUGAAAGUAUAGAUAUAUAUAUUUCUUAAAACUCAAGGGACAAGACAAAAUUGUAAAACAGUUUGUUUCCAAGAGUUAAAGCCCUGUUAUACGGGGAAAUUAUACAUAAAACGUGCCGGGUGUAAUGUAAUUACAUUAAUCGUGUUUCACGUUUUGUGUUUUACAUUUUUAUUAUCUGGCCUUCGCCUAGAAAAAAAUACUAUUAUAAUUUUUUUUCUGUUCUCGGUGUAAACGUGAAAAGUUUCAGUGAGGUGAAUAUCACAAUGUUCCAAGGAACUGUGCAAUAGGUUUUUCAACGCCAUUUCAAUUGGCUUAAGAAUCUAUUUUGAAAAGAAAUAAAAGGCAAGUGACCCCAAAA